UCUCCCUCAGGUGGAGGCAGCGCCACGGAGCUCUCCUUCCUGCGGGAGCCCAGCGACGUCAACGCGGUCAGAGACAAGAUGCUCCUGCUGGACUGCCAGGUCCAGGGCGAGGGCCCCAUCGUGAUCACGUGGCGGCGGAACGGGGCCCCGGUAGAAGCCAGCCAGCGGGUUCAAGUCCUGGCCAACGGAACGCUGCUCAUCCAGAGCUUCCAGAAGAGACGGGAGCGGAGCGACGGGGACGUGGGCGAGUACGACUGCGCGGCCCGGAACCGCUACGGCAUGCUGGUCAGCCGCAAGGCCCGGGUCCAGCUGGCCUCCCUUCCCAAGUUCCACACCCACCCAGAGUCCAUGGCAGUGGAUGAGGGGGGGGUCGCCCGGUUCCAGUGUCAGAUCCAGAGUAUCCCAGAGGCCAACAUCACCUGGGAGAGGAACCAUGUUCAGCUCAGCACUUCAGAGAAAAGGUACACUCUGCUGCCGAUGGGGAUUCUGCAGGUGACCGGGGUGACCACGGAGGACGCAGGUGUCUAUCGCUGUGUGGCCUCCAACAUCGCCAACACGCGCUUCAGCCACGAGGCUGUGCUCAAUGUUACCGGUGGUGCAUCCAGGAUUUACAGGGAACCCUUCAUCUUGUCUGGACCUCAGAAUCUCACCAUCACCGUCCACCAGACCGCUAUCCUGGAGUGCAUUGCUACUGGCAAUCCCAGACCCAUCGUCUCCUGGAGCAGGCUAGACGGGCGCUCCAUCGGCGUGGAGGGCAUCCAGGUGCUGGGGACGGGGAACCUGAUGAUCUCAGACGUGUCCCUGCAGCACUCCGGGGUGUACGUGUGCGCCGCCAACCGGCCCGGCACCCGCAUGAGGAGGACGGCGCUCGGCAGGCUGGUGGUGCAAGCCCCCCCUGAGUUCCUGCAGUGGCCGCAGUCCAUUUCCAAGCCAGUAGGGGGCAGUGCUGUGUUCACCUGCGUGGCUCAAGGCGUCCCAGAACCCCACAUCAUAUGGCUGAAGAAUGGCAAGGUGCUCUUCGCUGGAGAUAAUCUCAAACUCACGAACAACAACAGCACCCUGGCUGUGACUCGCAUCACGUUCGAGGACGAGGCCAUCUAUCAGUGCAUCGCAGAGAACAGCGCGGGCACCAACCAGGCGAGUGCGCGGCUGGCUGUGGCCCGCGUGCAGGACCUCCCUGUCUCCCCCCAGGGUCUCCGGGCGAGUGCCGUGUCCAACGUGGCUCUUCACAUCACCUGGAGCCAGCCCACAGCCGAAGUCGCCGACACCAUCAUUGGCUAUGUGCUGCAGAUUCGUAAGAUGGGCGAGACGGAGAGCCAGGAGCUACAGGAAGCCAUCAGCAAGACCAUCUACCAACACGACUUCACCAAGCUAGAGCCUUCCACCACCUACUCCAUCUCCCUGAAGUCCUACUCCCCUCUGGGGGAGAGCCAGCACUCUGGAGCAGUGGUGGCCACCACACUAGGGGGCGUGCCCACCCCACCCAACUUCUUCACCAAGGUGGUCAACUCCAGUGCCGUUCAGGUCCACUGGGAGCUUCCCAGUAGGGCCGGUCAGGCAGAGGGCUUCCGGCUUUCCUACCGCAGGAUUCCACAUGAAGGUUUUGGGGGGCCAAUCCAGCUGCCGUUCCACAGCAAUACCCACACCAUCUCGUUCCUCGAGGCGGGGUCCGUGUACGAGGUGAGACUCGUGGCUUACAACGGCAACGGGGAGAGCGCCUCCUCCAACAGGCUCGUGUCGCUGGCAGAAGAGAGCGUGCAUAGCACUGGAGGGGAGCUGGCCUGUCAGUGCAGGGAUGGCGAGGGGACCAUGAGCGGCGUCAUCGUGGGCAUCCACAUCGCCGUGGCCUGCAUCAUCUUCUGUGUCCUCUUCCUCAUGUUUGGAUACCGGCGAAGCCUGCUCUGCAGAAAAGAGACCCAUGAAGGCUGGUCCGUCCCAAGGGAGCAUAAUGGUCAUAAUGUAACCCCCAAAGAUGGCACAUCUCAACUGAGAAGUGGACAAGGUUCUAAGGUAGGAGGAACGACAAGCCAAUGUCCGGUCAAUAUUGAGCAAGACCCAUCCUGUGUGCCUGGUUUGGACACUGCUUAACUGUCAACAAGCCACUCAUACCAGCCGCAAGACCCAUACCGCCUUAUCGGACCGCAUUGCUUCUGCUCACCCAUAGGGGGCCAUACAAACACCAAGCUCCCACAAAGCCAAAGCUUUAUUGUAUGAUAUCUUGCACUCUUUCCUGUGUGUGUGUGUGUGUGUGUGUGUGUGUGUGUGUGUGUGUGUGUGUGUGUGUGUGUGUGUGUGUGUGUGUGUGUGUGUGUGUGUGUGUGUGUGUGUGUGUGUGUGUGUGUGUGUGUGUGUGUGUGUGUGUGUGUGUGUGUGUCAGUUUUUGCCUAAUGAAAGCCAUGAAAAGAGACCGUCUUUCUCAGGAAUCUAGUGUGCUGUUGAGAUAUGAGGGUUGAUAUGUGCCCAACAAAGUAUUUUUGCGCAAAACCAAACACCAAAAGUCCUAUUCCAAUACUUUUGGAAGCUUACAUACCAAGAGCUGUA